AUGGAGAUGAGGAUCCGCAUCCGCGGUCCGGCGGGACAGUCCAGCGUCACGCUGGAUGAAGCCGCAACUAUCGACGAUCUCCGCCGCCAAAUCACCGAUAGAACUGGCUUAGAGAGCUAUGAUGUAAAAUAUGGUUACCCCGAUAUCAAGCCAAUGUUGCUGGACGGGCUUCCUCUGGGUCAGAAGAUUGCAGAUCUCGGGAUCACUCUGCACGGGGAACAACUUAUCGUCACACAGAGAGAGAACUCGACCCAAGCGCCAACCCGAGUCAGCGACGAACCUCCAGCGGCAAAGCAGCCACUGAAUUUGCCAGUAUCAGACAAAAUACCGAACAAAGGUUCCCCUGAUGAUCCGCCGGAGGUUCCCUCGCUUGAGCACAGCGGAACCUUCGUUCUCCGAAUCAUGCCUGAUGACAAUUCCUGUCUCUUUCGCGCGGUGAGCAGUGCGACCAUGGGGGGAGUGGAUGUCAUGACCGAGCUACGGUCUGUUAUUGCGCAGACAAUCCAAGCGAAUCCGGACCUCUAUUCCGAGGCGGUACUGGAGAAGAAGCCGGACGAGUACUGCCGCUGGAUCCAGAAUGAGGACUCAUGGGGCGGCGGGAUUGAGCUGAGCAUCUUAAGCAAGCAUUUCGACAUUGAAAUCUGUUCAAUAGACGUGCAGACCCUUCGCAUCGACCGAUUCAACGAAGGCGCUCCACUGCGAUGUAUCGUAGUCUAUUCGGGAAUCCACUACGAUACAAUUGCUUUAUCGCCUUCUAGUCCUCCUUUUACUCACGCCGAUGUGCCUCCUGAAUUCGAUACCAAAGUCUUUGACGCCGCAGAUCCAUUGGUGCUUGAGAAGUCGCUCGAGCUCUGCCAGAUCCUACAAAGCAGGCAUUACUACACUGAUACAGCUGGCUUUCGUCUCCGCUGUAAUAUAUGUGGUGGGACAUUUAUCGGGGAGAAAGGCGCGACUCAACAUGCCGAACAGUCAGGGCAUGUUGACUUUGGGGAGGCUAGUUAA